AUGACGGUUCCUCCGUCGCGCCCCCAUCUAGCCUAUCCAAGAUCCGCCGCAUCUCGAGCUCACCAUGGACCCCUUCUUCGCCGCCGACGAUGGCAGCGCCGCAGACGACCUCCAGCGCACCACCUCCCACCCUUCGACGACACUGAAGACGACACCACCGACGCCGUGGCGGCCGACAGCAGCGCGGGAGGGUAUGCCUCCUUCGUGGACGCCGGGUACCCCUCCUUUGCCGACACCGGUCCCAAGGAGGAGGAGGAGGAGGUGGUGGACGAGGAGAUUGCCAUGGACUCCGACGGCGCUACGGUCCCCGUCCGCUACGUCUCCAACGGGUAUGCCCCCUCGCCCUUCUUCCCGGACUCGGACUUCGGGGGCGGGGACGAUGACGGCCCCGUCCUGCCGCCGCUGGCCGAGAUGGGCAGGGAGGAGGGCGCCCUCCUCCGCGAGUGGCGCAGGUGA